CGAGCAGUGCUCUCUUCCUCUACUUUUCACAAAGUAAUUGAUAACAUCCACGUAGCGUGUUAACUAAAGUUUGACGCGACAGUAUCAGAUUUUCUGCGACUCGCUAAAAACCAAACACAUUCAGUUUUGGAGGUCACUUCACCAAUCGGUUUCAGAAUGGCCAAGAGCAAGAAGAAGUCCAAGCAGGCGCUAGUCAAGAAGCCUACAACACCGUUUGUUGCGACCCCAGCCACAACGCAAUCCCAAAGCAUCUUCAAAUCAUCACCAGUGUAUGAGCUUCUCCAUUACUUUGAGAAAGCACCCGAUCAAUGGGCUGCAAGAUACAUCAUAGUGAUGAGUUCAAUCAUCCUAAAAACAGCCAUAGGCUUGGGAGGGUUUCUGGGUCAAGGCAAGCCUCCAAUGCAUGGAGAUUUCGAGGCCCAAAGACACUGGAUGGAGUUAACCAUCCAUUUGCCGGUGUCCGAGUGGUACUAUUUCGACCUUCAAUACUGGGGCUUGGACUAUCCUCCAUUAACAGCCUACCACCUGUACUUACUCGGCAAGAUCGGAAGCUUUAUCAAUCCCACCUGGUUCGCUCUUAAUUCGUCCAGAGGCAUCGAGACCAACGAGGUCAAGUUUUUCAUGAGAUUCGUGAGUUUGUUGAGUGAGCUCGUAUUAUAUGUCCCAGCAGUCUUGACUCUUGCCAACAUGAUGGGUAAGAGAUUCAACUUGAAUAGAAUGGACCAAAUGAUCAUCUCAGUUAUCAUCAUAAACCAGGCACAUUUGGCCUUAAUUGACCAUGGCCACUUCCAAUUCAAUUCGGUCAUGUUAGGGUUCUUCGUCUACUCUUUGAUCAAUUUGAUGAGAGAGAAUUAUGUCCUGGCAAGUAUUUGGUUCGUGAGUUGCAUUAAUUUCAAACAAAUGGGAUUGUACUACUCAACUUUCAUCUUCGUUUUCAUCUUAAGUCAAUUGAAGAGUUUCAUUCACUUGAUCGUAAUUGGGCUCACUGUCGUGUUGACUAGUUUUGUCAUUGUCAUUCCAUUCUUGAAGGACCCAAAGAACUUGUUGCAAAUCCUUAUUAGAGUAUUUCCUUUCAAUAGAGGGUUGUUUGAGGAUAAGGUCGCAAAUUUUUGGUGUACUGCUAAUGUAGUCAUCAAAUUCAGAGAGAUCAUCGAUGCAUCUCAAUUGUCUAAAUUGGCAUUGAUUUCUACUGUCGGUGCAAUUAUUCCCAUGAACAUAUUAUUAUUUUUCAAAUGCAAGAAACCUCAAAAUGUUGCUCCUGGCUUAAUUUAUGGGUUUGCUGGUAAUGCAUUAGCAUUCUACUUAUUUUCAUACCAGGUCCACGAGAAAAGUAUUUUGAUCCCAUUAUUACCAAGUACACUUUUGAUAUUAAUCAAACCAGAAUUGAUUGAUAUUGUGCAGUGGAUAAACAACGUCGGUACUUUCAGUUUGUACCCAUUGUUGAAGAAAGAUGGUUUGAUACUUCAGUACUUUGUCAGCAAUUUAUUAAUUAACUGGUUGAUUGGACCGAAGCUUUUGUUCAAGAAUUCUGGUAUUUUAUGGGGACUCAUAACUAAGGGCUCUUACUUGUUAAUGAUUGUUUACCAUCUUUUGGAUUGGUUCCUUCUCCCCCCUGCCAGAUACCCUGAUUUGUGGGUUAUUUUGAACAUCACCAUAUCUUUUGGGGCAUUUUUCGUUUUUUGGUUGUGGUUAAACUUUAAAGUGUACAAAUUAUAAGUAGGUAUUAAUACAAAAAGUAGGAUCCUGAAGAUAUCAAGUUUAUGCAACCAAAAUUCUGGAAGUUUAAUUGUAAUACAUUUUAAAGGUACGGUUUGAUUCCAAUUGGACUACCUGUAUGGUAGAGAGAAUGAUCAAACUGGAUAAGCCUGUGUGCUCGCUAAGGGCGGAUGUUAAGAUAUUUGAAACUCUCGGAUAGAUAAUGUGAACAUAAGGAAUAGAGCAUUGGGUGCAAUUAUCUAGUUGCACUAUAGUCUAGCUGAGUAUUUCCUGGUUCUCGUGGUUUCGUGGUUCUUGGAUAAUUAAUGAUAUGUCAAAGAGAAGUUUACAAGUAGGUACAGCAACUCUGCCUAGCCGAUUUCAAGUUUAUAAGCACAUCCAUCAGGGUCGCAGAUGGUAUAAGACUAAUUUAUGCCAACCGAAUCUAUAUUUAUUCUCUUAGUUUGCAGACUCUUUCCCGGUUAAUAUGUCUAGGUAAGAAUACUUGG